AUGUCAGGUCGCUUAGCAAAGUGGGCAAUUGAGUUGGGGGGCCACAACAUUCUGUACAGGCCGCGCCCAGCCAUUAAGGGUCAAGUAUUAGCGGACUUCAUCAUAGAGGUCCUAGAAGACAAGAUCAAAGAUUGUGAAGUUGUUGACACUCCCAUCAAAGAUACCUCCGAUGGAGUAUGGCUGCUAUACACUAAUAGGGCCUCAAACGAAGAUGGCGCAGGAGCUGGGUUGCGCCUUGUUAGCCCUAAGAAACAUGAGUUUACAUACGCCAUCAAGUUGGAUUUCAAGAAUACCAACAACGAGGCUGAAUAUGAAACAUUCUUGGCAGGCCUGCGCUUGGCCAUCAAAAUGGGAGCUCAAAACUUACAAGCACACGUCGAUUCUCUGCUGAACGCAAGUCAAAUCAAUGGGUUAUAUGAUGUGAAGGGCGAAGUUAUGGCUUUGUACUUAGAGCAAGCGAAGGAGUUGCUUCAGCAGUUCAAAUCAUAUAAAGUUGUUCAUAUUAAUCGAUCUGAGAACAAGCCAGCGGACGCGCUAAGCAAGCUCGCUUCAACAGCCUUCCAACACCUCGCCAAAGAUGUCAGGAUCGAAGUCUUAAGAAACCCAUAUGUUUUGCUGCGACAAGUGAAUGUAAUCGAGAUAGGGCCGCCAUCAUGGAUGACUCCUAUCAGUCAAUAUCUUCAAGAAGGAAUUCUCCCUGAAAACAAAGCAGAAGCUAGGAAGAUACUGAAUAAGGCAUUGUUCUAUGAGAUGAAUGGUGGAAUCUUGUACCUAAGAUCCUUCUUGGGGCCACUUUUGCGCUGUGUGGACCCCCAAGAUGCAAGUUACCUGAUCAGGGAGAUUCAUGAAGGCAUCUACGACAUUCAUGUGUGCCCGCGCAUGGUUGUCGCGAAGAUAAUGAACGCUGGUUACUAUUGGCCAGAGAUGCAUGUUGACGCCCUAAAGGAAUUGCGCAAAUGCGACUCCUGUCAAAGGCACACCCCAAAAACCCUACGCCCAAAAAAUAAUCUCAUCCCUGUGUCCACUGCCUGGCCUUUCCAGCAGUGGGGGAUCGAUAUGGUGGGACCUUUCCCUGAAGCUCCUGGAGCUGUGAAGUUUAUAAUUGUUGCCGUUGAUUAUUUCACCAAGUGGGUGAAGGCAAAAGCACUCGCUUCAACUACUGCAAUGAUGGUGCGCAAGUUCAUAUGGGAGCACAUCAUUUGCAGGUUUGGUCUCCCACUCAAGAUUGUAACAGAUAAUGGCACCAAUUUUGCUUCUGAAGACCUUCAAGAAUGGAUGAAAGAGAUGAAUAUCGAACACACUUUCUCUUCUGUUGCACACCCUUAG